UUCCCCAAGGUUUCUUGGGUGACCAUUUUAUUCCUCUCUGUUUCCCAUCCCACCCCGGUCUUCCAGCGACUUGGUAGCAUCAUGCCAGCUCAAACCAGACCCUUCUUAGUUCUCUGCCUUACGAGUUUUCUUCUUCAGCCACAAGAUGCCCAAGACCCAGAAAUGGUCCAAUACAUCUUCCGACGCUUUCAGAUCUUAGAGCAAGGGCUGGAAAAAUGUCGUCAAGAUACAAGGGCAUACAUUCAAGAAUUCCAGGAAUUCUCUAAGAAGGUCUCUGCGGACCUGGAGAGAUGUCACCUUUAUAAGACUGAAUAUAAGAAUGAAGUCAAUAACUUGGGGGGAAGAGUUGAAAGAGCCCAACGUGAGAUUGACUACCUAGAAUACAUUAGGACAUCUGAGACAUGUAUAGAAGAGGAUAAUAUGAUGAUGGAAAAGCAGAUUAAAGACUCUGAAGAAGAGCAAAAGGUCAGGACUCUCCUUAACACAAGCUGUGACAACAUGUUGACGGGCAUCAAGUCAAUGAAGAUUGUGAAGACGACCAGGGAUACACACGGCUGUUGGAUGAAAGAUGUCAGCAACGAUUCCACCAAGGUUUAUUUCUUAAGUGGCUCCAGGAACAACACCAUAUGGGAAUUUGCCAACAUGAAGGCAUUUAUGGAAGGCAAGCCCACUGCCAGGAAGGUUGUCCUGAUGCUGUCCUGGCAAGGGACUGGGCAGGUGGUCUAUCGAGGCUUCCUGUUCUUCCACAGCCAUGGCACCCCCAAUGAGAUCAUCAAAUACAACCUCCAAAAGAGAAGCGUGGAGGAUCGGAUGCUACUCCCAGGGAGCCAUAGAGUACCAGUCUAUCAGCAUGCCCCCUGGACUCACAUUGACCUGGCUGUGGAUGAGCAUGGACUCUGGGCCAUUCACACAGAGUUAGACCACCUGAUCAUCACGAAAAUAGAUCCUGAAACGAUGGCCGUGGAGCACAGUUGGACAUCAUUCUGCAGUAGCAGAGAUGCCGAGGCAGCCUUUCUCCUGUGUGGGGUCCUUUAUGUGGUAUACAGCAGGGGUCGCCAAAGCUCCCACAUCAUCAAUUGCGUCUAUGACGUCCUGGGCACCAUCAACAAGCAGGACAUUCCGACCCUGGUCUUCCCCAAGCGGCAGAGGGUCCACUCUGUGAUACACUACAAUCCCCGGGAGAAGCAGCUCUAUGCUUGGAAUGAUGGAAGCCAAAUCAUCUACAAGCUCCAGACCCAAAGAAAGCAGGCAGGCCCUUAGGAAAGGUGGCAAGUGGUGCAAACCAGAUUUGAUUCUGAGGGACAGUCAUUGUCUACAGGAGCCACAGGGAGCUCUUGUGCUAAAUGAGAAAGUGGUAAACAGAUAUAUCUUCCCUCUGGUAUUUAAACAUAUAGUCUGAAAGUGAAACUGCAUAUAUAAACCACCUUUAUUUUUGUUACUAGACCUAUGUUUCAUUAGAACUCCCAAUGAGGAAACCCUCUCUACCAAUGUAGAUACAACUUCUCUACCACUUACUUAGGCUUAGAGAACCAACUGAGGUGCUAAGAGGGCCCCACAACUAGUAUGUAUCAAAGGCUAGACUUGACCCCAGGGAUUCUUAAUGAUAAGGCUGGCUCUUCAUCUUCUACAAUACCCUGCCUCACUUUUGCCCUCCAGUAGUUAUCACCUAAGGGAUAGAAAAGUAGCUUCACAGUCAAGAAGACAUGGGUUCAAGUUCAGCUUCUGACACAUUUCAGUUGCUUGACCUUGGGCAAGACCCAAUCUCUCAGUGUCCCCAGACAUAACUCUAAGCCUAUGUAUAAGCUGUAGGGCAGUUGCCAGUGUGCAUUGAUAGAAGGAGUUUACUCACUCAAACAAUAAAAUCAUAGGUCCAAUUCUCCAUCUAUUCCGCCCCCAAAAAAAAUUUAAUCUCUGAUUAAUAAUCACGAUCAUUUCUUACUCAGAAAUCUUCUAUGGUUGCCCAUUGCCUCCUGAAUUGUUAUUAUUUAUAAUAUUUACAACUGACAUUUAGAGUUUGCAAAGUGCUUUGCCAACGUUAACUCAUUUGAUCUUUACAAUGACCUUGUGAAGUAGGGAAUGAAAUUAUUAUUAUCCCCAUUUUAGGGCUGAGGAAAUUAGACAGUAAAGUCAAAUGACUUGCCCCAGGGUCACCUAGCUGAUAAAUGGGCCAGAUUAGAACCUGUAUCUUCUUAUUCUGGACCCAGGGUUGUUUCUUCUGUGUCCUAGCUACCUCUUAGUUAAGUCUGAACUUCUUAAGGUGACAUUCAAGGCUCUUUGUAAUUUGGCCCCAAGCUACUAGUAUUCCAAAAUAUUACUCUCAAACAGAACGAUAUUUCCUAAAUACAUUUCAUGCCUACAGGAUCAUAUAGAUCCUGAGAUAGAAAGAGCCUUAGAAGUCAUCUUAUCCAACUUCCUCAUUUUUACACAUGAGGAGACUGAGGCUCAGAAGAAAAGAUUUGUCCAAAUGACAGUGGCAAUGCUAGGAUUUGAAUGUAGAACUUCUGAUGCCCAAACACAUCAUUUUCUCUACUAUACCCCUCUUUCAUACUUCCAUACCUUACCUCCUGACAUUCUUUCUGCCUAAGAUACUAUUUCUCUUUUGCUUUACUUUUCAGAGUCCAGCUCAAAUACAACCUUCUCCAUGAAGCCGUACCAAAAGGUUUUUUUAGUCACUCCCUAAUCGAUGGAAAUAUACUGUUUCCAGUUUUCUGCUACCACAGAGUGAUGUAUACGUUUGGGUACAUGUAUACACACACACACACACACACAUCUCUUUGCUUUUGUUUUUAACUUUCUUGGAGUUAUAUAUGCAGUCCUGGGGUGGUCGGGUCAAAGCCUAUAGACAGUUUAGUCACCUUCCUUGUAUAAUUACACAUUGAAAUACUACAAUAAUAUUGGUAGCCCUACCAAAAGUACAUCAGUAUGCCUAUCUUUUCACAAUGCCUCCAACAGGAGGUGACCCCAUCUUUUUUUCAUCUAUCAAUUUGCCUAGUGUAAUGAUAAAUCUCAGGAUUGUAUUCAUCUGCAUUUCUCUUACUAUAAAUAACUUGGAGCAUGUUUUGAUAUCGUCAUUUUAUAGUUUGCAAUUCCUUUAUAGAAAAUAGCUUAACCACUUAGCUUUUAAGGAACUACCAUAAUACUCUGCUUGUACCUCUCUUAUAGUCCUUAUUAAAUUCUACCUUGCACUUUAGUUAUUUGUAUUCAUGAGCACCUUGAGGGCAGAAACCAUGUUUUCAACUCAA